AUGGCAGAACCCAGUACGGUCACUGCCACGACCUACUCGUCGACGACGAUACGAGGCACAGAGGCACCACAGCCAUUACAGCCAUCAAUUUACAGUUUCUCCCUCGCAGAUGCAGAAAACAAAUUGAUUGACUUUAAACAAUUUGAAAACAAAGUUGUCGUUAUAGUCAAUGUGGCAAGUUUGUGUGGGUUUACCCCGCAAUAUCGUGAACUACAACAACUCUACUCCAAGUUCCAUUCGCAAGGGUUUGAAAUAUUGGGUUUCCCCUGUAACCAAUUCGGUAAUCAAGAGCCGAAAUCAGACAAGAAGGUCGUUUCGCAAUGUCGACGCGAUUAUGGGGUUGAGUUUCGAAUUAUGAAGAAAGUUAAAGUCAAUGGAGAGGAUCAAUCCCCAUUGUAUCAAUUCUUGAAGAAUGAAAAAAGUGGCAUGUUCGGGUUCAAAGGUGUACGAUGGAAUUUUGAGAAAUUCAUCAUUGAUCGUAAGGGGAAAGUUGUAGCCAGGUUUGACUCUUGGAUCAACCCAAUGCAAUUAGAGAAGCUAAUAGAACUGUUAUUGAGAGGGGAGAAGUAG